AUCGUUUUCUUCUGCGUUGGAACCGGGGUUUCCUUUUCUCUUCCUUUUCCAUUGCCUCGUUUCUUCUUCGUCUUCUCCUUGUCCCGCUUGGUCGGCCGUCUCUUGCACCGGAUCCCCUGUCCUGUCCUGAUCCUGUCCUGAUCCUGUCCCGCCUCAGCCCUCCUCACAAGCGCUGCAAGCUUCCUCCAAGCUCCCUCUACCAGCUCUCCUUCUGCCCGCCGCCUCUUUCCCACGCCGACGCAGCGCUCGACUCGAGUUUGUUUCAAGCAUCUCCCGGCCUUUCUCUGGGAGCAGUCUUCAUCUCUCUUCUCCUCUGCCUCGUCGACAGAUAGCGAGCUCGUGAUCGGAGCCUCUUCGUUGCAUAUCUCCCCCCUAAAAAAAAUCACCCCUCCUCUCUCCCGACUUCUCCUCACCUCUCCCCCCCCAUCGCCACCGACGCCGCCGUCCUGCGCGCCCACCGCUGCUCAAUCCCCCUCGCCUGCUCGACUUGACUCGACUCGACUCGAUCCCCCUCGUCGUCGCGAACAAUGGCUGACGCCGGCGCCGUCCCGACCUCUGCGCAGCCUGGCGCCUCUGCCGCCCAAAACGGCCAGGGCAACCCAACUCACCUCCCCCCGCCUCCCCUCCACAUCCCGCAGAACACGAACCCAAUCCCGACGGCCAUCACCUCUCCGCGGUCCGGCGUCGACGCUGGCGGCAUCCUGUCCCCGACCACCGGCUUCCGACGAGCUGCGCCUGAGCCCAACAAGCGGGCCCUCUAUGUUGGCGGGUUGGACCAGCGGGUCACCGAGGACGUGCUGCGCCAGAUCUUCGAGACGACUGGCCAUGUCCAGAACGUCAAGAUUAUCCCCGACAAGAACGCCAAGGGCUACAACUAUGGCUUCGUCGAGUACGACGACCCCGGUGCGGCGGAGAGGGCCAUGCAGACCCUGAACGGCCGGAGGGUUCACCAAUCCGAAAUCCGAGUCAACUGGGCCUAUCAGUCCAACACUACCAGCAAGGAGGAUACGUCAAACCACUUCCACAUCUUCGUUGGCGACCUGUCAAACGAAGUCAACGAUGACAUCCUGAUGCAGGCCUUUUCUGCCUUUGGCUCCGUCUCGGAAGCCCGCGUCAUGUGGGACAUGAAGACGGGUAGAUCUCGAGGCUAUGGCUUCGUCGCCUUCCGGGACCGACCCGACGCCGAAAAGGCUCUGAGCUCCAUGGACGGAGAGUGGCUCGGAUCGCGGGCCAUUCGCUGCAACUGGGCCAACCAAAAGGGCCAGCCGUCCAUGGCUCAGCAGCAGGCGAUGCAGGCCAUGGGCAUGACGCCCACCACCCCCUUUGGUCACCACCAGUUCCCUGCCCACGGAGUCGCUAGUUACGAAAUGAUCCUGGCGCAGACGCCCAACUGGCAGACGACAUGCUACGUGGGGAACCUCACGCCCUACACGACGCCAAACGACGUCGUGCCCCUGUUUCAGAACUUUGGCUUUGUCAUGGAGUCGCGCUUCCAGGCCGACCGCGGCUUUGCCUUUAUCAAGAUGGACUCUCACGAGAAUGCAGCCAUGGCCAUUUGCCAGAUGAACGGAUACAACGUCAAUGGACGGCCGCUGAAGUGCAGUUGGGGAAAGGACAAGGCUCCCAACUCGGGAUCGUUUGACCCUCAGCAGCCAUACAGCCCGCAGACCUCCCAGGCCCCAGGCUUCCCUGGUACUCCCACGUAUUAUCCGCAGUAUGGAGACCGACUGCAAUCCGAGACUGACCAUGGCGUCUUUGCUGUAGCGCAAUACAACGGACAACAGGGCAACUUUGGCGGCCCUCAAGCCGGCUCUCCCGCAGGAUACAGCGGUUCCCCCAUGGGAUAUGGUGGCCCGCAGAGUGCCGGAGGAUACGGGCGCGGCCACCAGGGUCCCAACGCCCAGUGGAACCAGAACCAAGGACAAAACUUCAACAACGGUUUCGGCGGCUAUCAGUCGUAG